GAGCUGGUUGUGGGGAAGUGUCUGGGGAUCAUGUCUUCAGCUUCUCUCCUUGAAAACUCAUCCUACCGAGGGACUUACCUGCUGUCGGUAGAACAGUUGUACAAAAAUAGAGAGCUGCACUUUCUAGAAACCUGGCAUAACAGCACAAAAGGCUGGAAAUAGCAGCCAGACGUCCAUAAGCUGAGUUGGAAAAGUCGUUAGCUGGAAAAUACAGAAAAAUCACUUAAUAUGGUAACCAUACCUCCACAGUAUUGUAACGAAUGGCAUCAAAAGAACAAAAGACUGAUAGGAAAGAACAAUUACUAAAGGUGGAGAGAGAGUGAAGAAACUAGUUCUACUGUUCGUAAGAAUGGACGAUUGUACGUAUGUCAAACUUUUGAAUUUAGUAUUGUGGGAGCUUGUUCUUGUGUAGGGGUGUCCAUAAGCCAGGCGUUCUUAACCCAGGGAUGGCCUGUACUGUAAUAUGAGCUGUCAUGGAGUGAAUGGGCUAAAAGGCCUGCUAAUGUGUCAAGGCCAGUCUGUUGUCAUAUGCACAAGUACGUGUAAGCACAGGUGUAAUGAAAAACUUACUUGCAGCGGCAUCACAGGCACAUAGUGUUAGAGACGACAUUCACAAGCAAAGCAUAAAUUGAACAUAAAUUGUACAGGAUAGAACACAAUUUGAACAAAAAAUAAACAGUCCUUUGUACUGUGAAGUGGGCAUAGUGUUGCUAUACUGAGGUAAUGAUUAGGGUUGUGCAGGUUGGUUCAAGAACCCAGUGGUUGAAGGGAGGUAGCUGUUCUUGAACCUGGUGGCGUGGGACUUCAGGCUUCUGUACCUCCUGCCUGAUGGUAGCUAUGAGAAGGUAGCUGUGUCAUGUGAAUUCCAUAAUCCUGGCUUAAGGAAACCCAAAGAUUCAUAACCCUCUGAAUCAAAUGUCUUCACAUGUUCUGAAAUGGCUGACUCUUUUUCUGAGACUAAGCCUCUUAAUUCUUAUCAUUUGCCCUAUUUACCACUACCCCACCUUACUGAGCUUCAAAAUAUUAGCGAGGUGGGUAAUUUUCACUGAGGGAUGCAGUGAGUUUCCUUUGCCAUCAGUAGUGAAAUAAAAGCGAUGGAGAAUGGGCAGUGGUUCAUGAAGAUGGCUCACCACCACCUUCUUGAGGGCAAUUAGGCAUGGGUAGUCAAAUGCUCACCUUGCCAGUGACAUUUAGAUCCCAAAAAUAAAAGUGCAAGAAAUGUAGUAAUAGUAAGGAGAUUAAUUUUAUGAAUUUUGUAUAUAAAAAUAGACUAGUUUUAUUGAUAUAGCAACACUCAUUUGGUUCCUCAGCCAGCAGGGGACAGUAUUAACCUGUACCAUUUACAAAUGUGUUCUAUUGCACCCUUAACAGUAAGGUAAGGUUGAAAGUAGGAUUUUACAGUUUUUAUGAAAAUUAAGGUUAAGAUGAUAUUGUAUAAAAAUAAAAAAAAUACCUCCUCUGUGCUGAGUUCAUUAAUGUUGUGAAGGAGGCUGAGGGGUGACCUUAUAGUGGUUUAUAAAAUCAUGAGAGAUAUAGAUAAGGUAGAUUAUCACAGUCUUUGUCCCAGGGUAGGGGAAUCUGAAACUAGAGGGCAUAGGUUUAAGAUGAGAGGCAAAAGAUUUAAAAGGGACCUGUGAGGUGGGUUUUUCCACACAAGAUGGUGGUGGGUAUAUUGGAACGAGCUGCCAGAAGAAGUGGUGAGGCGGGUACAAUUACAAUGUUUAAAAGACAUUUGGACAGGUACAUGGAUAGGAAAGGUUUAGAGGGAUGUGGGCCAAAUGCAAGCAAAUGGGACUAGCUCAGGAAGACAUCUUGGUCGUCAUGGAUGAGCUAGGCUGAAGGGCCUGUUUCAAUGCUGUAUGACUUCAUGACCUGGUAAUCCCUUAAUUUCAAAACUGUCAUUCUUGUCUUAAAAUCCUGCCAUGAUCCUAAUGUUCCUCCCCAGUUCUUCCAGCCCUAGAACUCUUUGGAACCUCUGUGCUCCUUCAUUCUGUCCUAUUGUAUAAUUCCCUAUUUACUUGUCUCCAUUGUCAAUGGCUGUCUCUGUGACUCAAGCACUGGAAUUUCCUUCCUAUCCCUCUUCAUCUCUCUACCAUCCCUCGUCACUUAAAAUGGUCCUUAAAACCUACUUCUGUGUUCAUGUCUCCUUCUGUGGUACAGUGUCAAAUUUUGUUUUGAUAAAGGCCUUUUGAAGCAUUUUGGUAUGUUAAAUGUCCUAGUUUGUUGCUGUUGUUGAAUAGUAAUUAGUUAAUCUACUAGAUAUUUUUGAAUACUUGGGUAAUUUGGUAGCUGUGAUUUAAUACAUUUUAGAUCAUUCAAUAGUUGUAUUUAUAGUUGAUAGUGAAUUGUACAUGGGAAUACCCUAGCAAGAAAAAGAAUAGGGGAAAGUGUAUUGAUGUCACUGUUAAGGGAACUUUCAAAGUGAUCAUUAAGCAGGGUGGCACAGACAUUAGAAACUGGAAGGUACCAGCCCAAGAUGAGGCUUCAUGAUAUCAUGUCAUGGGCACAUCUCAAUUUGGAAGUGAAAAAAAGGAAGAUAAGUAGAAGGAACAUAAUUCAGACUGCUGUGGUCUGACUCUUCCAUCGAAACGUUGGCUGCGUUGACUGCCAGAGUCUGUGGCUUGGAGGAUUGGACUUUUCAGCCAUCAACACUGUCAUCUACAGCCAUCCACCUGAUCUGUAAAGGUGAUUGUCCUUGACCAUGAGGGAUCAACAACAUCAGAUGGCUUCACUGAAAAAGCCCGAGACAGCUGCUGCCCUGCGGCGUACUGUGGAGGCAUUGCUGGAAAAUGGAGCUGUGGUGAGGAACCUGGAAAACCUGGGAGAACGGGCACUGCCAUACAAAAUAUCCAAACACAACCUGCGGCAUACCAGGGGCGGAUACUACCUGGUGGAUUUUGAAGCACCUCCCGCCAUUCUCCCGACCAUGUUGGAUCACUUAGAUCGUGACAUUGAUGUGAUCAGACCUACAAUACUCAAGCAACAGCCCCCAAAGUCUGAGGAAAGCUGCCCAGGAUUGAUCCCACCCAACUAUGAAGUUAAAUUGCGAUCUAAAAGGAAAUGAUCUUGUAUUGUUUUACAGUCAAAUAUUUAAAAAUGUACAUCAUCAAAACAUCCUGUUUGAAUGCAUGUGAAAGGAUACUUUAUUAAAGGUGAGGUUUUCAAUUUCA